AUUUGCUCCCGUGGCGUGUGCACGUUCAGUCAGCGACUGACUCGGUCAAUAGUAUUUCCAUCUGUCAGUGACUUCCUGACAACUGUAGCUAAAAUAUGUCAAAGUUAGAGCAGAUCCUUGUUCUCGAUCCUCCGUCUGACCUCCGAUUUAAAGGUCCUUUUACAGAUGUCAUCACCACCAACCUGAAGCUGAAGAACCCGUCUGAUAGAAGAGUAUGUUUCAAAGUGAAGACCACAGCUCCGAGGAGAUACUGUGUACGGCCCAACAGCGGCAUCAUAGAUGCAGGCGCCACCGUCACCAUCUCUGUAAUGCUCCAGCCCUUUGACUACGACCCCAACGAGAAGAGUAAACACAAAUUCAUGGUCCAGAGUAUCUUUGCUCCUCCUAAUGAGUCUGAACUCGAUGCUAUGUGGAAAGAUGUGAAACCCGACGACCUCAUGGAUUCCAAGCUGAGAUGUGUAUUCGACCUGCCUCCUGAAAACGGUAGAGUGAAUGACAUGGAAGGGAGCACCGUGCAGAACUCGUCCAUGGUGGCGCCCGUGCAGAACUCGUUCAAGUCGGCGGAUGUUCCCGUGGCGAAGGCGGCGGCGAAGACGGUCAGCGCCUCGGUGGACGACUCAGAGAUGAAGAAACUAUCAGAGGAGUGCAGGAGACUGCAGGCUGACAUGGGCAAACUGACCGAGGAGAACAGACAACUCAAGGACGACGGUGUUAGAAUGAGAAGGGCUGCCCAGCAUUCCGAUCACAUGACAUCAAAUCAGACAGGCUCCUCCUCCUCCAUGAUGCAACACACCACCGCAGCGUCCCUGCCCUCCCUCCUCGUCGUCAUAGCAGCCAUCUUCAUCGGCUUCUUCAUGGGGAAGUUUAUCUUGUAGACUGGGGUUGGCUCUGAAAUGGCACCCCAUUCCCUUGACCAGGGCCCUCCAUGCGGGAUGAGUCCCAUAGGGCUCUGGUCAAACGGUAGUGCACUACACUGGGAAUAGGGCGCCAUUUGGGAUGUUGCGUUCUGAGAGACGCACAACGCCUGCCGAACCCCACUGCUCCGGAAUCAAAAAGGCCUGGAUGGAACUGACUAUAGCGAAGAUGUAUUUCUGUUGACUUAGACAUAUCAGAAGUAGUGCUGUGAACCUCCAUUUGUCUGCAGUGACCACGUCUGUCUGGUCUCUCUGUCUGUCUGGUCUCGCACACGCACACGCACACACACACACACACACACGCACACACACGCACACAGAGGGAAGGGAGAAGGAAAGAUUGCUCCUUGUUUUUGUUCUUUGAUGGAUGGACAGACAGGAUUGUGGAGGGUUAUGAUGGUUAUAUCCUAAAUGACACCCUAUUCCCUAUAUAGUGCACUACUUUAGACCAAAGCCCUGUAAUGCCCUAGGUACCCUGGUAAAAAGUUAGAGCACUAAAAAUGGAAUAGGCUGCUAUUUAGGACAUACAGGAAGAAGUACACUACCAAUCAACAUGGAGGACAGUUUACCUUGCAUCCCAAACGGCACACUAUCCCCUAUGUAGUGCACUACUUUUGAUAAGAGACGAUACUAAUUGAGCCCAGGUCUACAGUAGUCUGGUCCUAACCUUCAGUCCCAGGCCAGGAUAUAGUAGCCUAGUCCUCAACCCUAGGAUAUAGUAGCCUGGUCCUAACCUCCAGUCCUCAGCCCCAGGAUAUAGUAGCCUGGUCCUAACCUCCAGUCCUCAGUCCCAGGAUAUAGUAGCCUGGUCCUAACCUCCAGUCCUCAGCCCCAGGAUAUAGUAGCCUGGUCCUAACCUCCAGUCCUCAGUCCCAUGAUAUAGUAGCCUGGUUCUAACCUCCAGUCCUCAAUCCCAGGAUAUAGUAGCCUGGUCCUAACCUCCAGUCCUCAGUCCCAGAUAUAGUAGCCUGGUUCUAACCUCCAGUCCUCAGCCCCAGGAUAUAGUAGCCUGGUCCUAACCUCCAGUCCUCAGUCCCAGAUAUAGUAGCCUGGUUCUAACCUCCAGUCCUCGGCCCCAGGAUAUAGUAGCCUGGUCCUAACCUCCAGUCCUCAGUCCCAGAUAUAGUAGCCUGGUCCUAACCUCCAGUCCUCAGUCCCAGGCCAGGAUAUAGUAGACUGGUCCUAACCUCCAGUCCUCAGUCCCAGGCCAGGAUAUAGUAGCCUGGUCCUAACCUCCAGUCCUCAGUCCCAGGCCAGGAUAUAGUAGCCUGGUCCUAACCUCCAGUGCCCAGUCCUCAGUCCCAGGAUAUAGUAGCCUGGUCCUAACCUCCAGUCCUCAGUCCCAGGAUAUAGUAGCCUGGUCCUAACCUCCAGUCCUCAGUCCCAGGCCAGGAUAUAGUAGCCUGGUCCUAACCUCCAGUCCUCAGUCCCAGGCCAGGAUAUAGUAGCCUGGUCCUAACCUCCAGUCCUCAGUCCCAGGCCAGGAUAUAGUAGCCUGGUCCUAACCUCCAGUCCUCAGUCCCAGGCCAGGAUACAGUCGCCUGGUCCCAGAUCUGUUUGCGCUGUCUGGUUCUGGUCAAAAGUAGUGCCCUAGGGUAUCAUUUGACUCCUAGAGUCGCCGUGGGCCUAAAGCAGUGGAAUAAACCAAGUGUUAUCUGUCUGUUGUGUUUAAUAGUAGUUAAAUGGAACACUAAGUGUCUUUUGUAAAUGUUAUUUUAAUAAUUUUUAUAAUACAAAGGAGAGCACUACUUCUUCAAUGGUCAAAUACCGACCACCUUUACUACCUGUUGCAUGGCAUCCCGUUUCGUUUUAUAGUGUGCUACUCGUGACCAGAGCACUAUGGAACCUAGUCAAAAGUAGUGCACUACACAGGGACGCAGCCAUAGACUACUUAAUUUGUUCUGUUUGUAAUUUCUCUACUUUCUAUUCCAUCUGGGAAAUAAUAGGUGCCUCCUUCCUCCCCUUCCUUCCUCCCUUUCCUCCCUGUCC